AUGAACAAUACCGAAGCUAAUAACAACGCCCCCAACCACGUACGUGGUCCUGGACGCGGUCGUGAAAAUGGACGCGGAGGCAGACGUGGACGUGGCAGACGCGCUGGCACCUUUGUGUUCGUUGUGGAUCCUACCGUUCAGCAAAACACCACUCCUGUUAACAACGGUAACACCGAAGCUGACAGUAACGCCAAUGUUGAUGAUGACGAUGAGCCUGAAAAACCAACUUCACGGUCCUACAAUGUAUGGCCUGAUGUUGCUAUUUGUAUCCUCCUUGAAAUUAUGGCUGGUACCUACAGCUACCUGCUGAGAAGAAGCGAUACUGCAUUAAAGCAGCUUAUCUGGGUAUAUUCGGCUGCUUUGAUGAAGGAAAAGUUAGCUGAGAAUGCUAGCACCGAUAUACUCAGGGCUUUUUUGGCAAACAUCAGCGAAACAAGUAUGCAAAGAAAGUGGGCAGAUAUGAAGCAGCGUUUUAUCAGAAUUAUUCAGGAUGAUCUAAGCAUCCAGCCUGAAGUGAUCUACGAAAGCAUUAACAUGGAAGAGAGUCGUAUUCGGUCUUACAGACAAUUUAACGACGACAAUUUGAUGAAUGCUAUUCGAUCCGAAGGCCCCGAAACAACUUACUUGGGACCUACAGACGUUGAUCAACUUGUAAUUCAAAAAGCAUUUGCUGAUCGAUAUCCUGUCAGAUAUUCUACCAACAAUGAAGGACCUGCAGUGCCAUCAUUUAAUGAAUCAGCAUCCGCACCUCCACCACCAACAACAGCACCUCCACCAACACCAACACCAGCACCCAGAACCACAUCAGUAUCCGCAGCACCACCAACAUCGACAAGCACAACACCUCCUCCACCACCUUCAUUCGCACCUCCACCUCCAUAUACAUCCGCACCACCUCUACCUCCAUAUACAUUCGCACCACCUCCACCUCCAUAUACAUCCGCACCACCUCCACUUCCAUAUACAUCCGCACCACCUCCACCUCCACCUUCAUCUGCACCACCUCCACCAAGAUCUGCCCGUACAUCGAGAAAUAGUCGAACUUCUGGUGAGCAGUCUUCAUCAACUCCUGAUCCUAUUGAAGCUGCUCGUCAGUUGUUAGACGUGCAUAUGGCAUGUGCCCGCCAACUUGGUGUAGAGAUGAUGGAUGGCAUGGCAGCAUCGCAAAGGGAAGAUUGA